GCUUCACAGUUCGGGUUUUGCCUUCGCUGUGUUCACACGUCGUCGUCUUCGUCGUCGCAUCACCGUGUCCUUCAGCAUUCGGAUGUGCGUGUGUGCACUGGUGCUUGUACAAUAUCGGUUUUCUCUUCCUUGGUUUUUGAGCGUAUGAAGCAGAAGUCUGAAGAACAUGGAAAAUUGUCCGUCGUACCUUGGUGAAGGUACACCGGGAUAAUUAGCAUCUACGGGAGGUGCAGAACCGUUCCGAAGUGAACAGGAGAUAUCCCAUGGCCUAAGGUUUUGUUUUCUGUGUUGGGCAGAAGAAAAAGUGCGGAAGCAGAUUUAGGAAAAUGAACAGAGGAAUGGAUUAAACCUUAGUGGUAUUUUGAUCGGAUUGAAUAAUAGCGUAUCAGCAGAACCAAAGAAGAGAAAACACACCAAGGUCUGCUAGUUCAAUCUGUACAGCUGCGUUUUUUUAAUUGAAAGUUUAAUGAAAUGACACAAAAGUAGUAAGUGGAAAUGGGUUAUGUUCCCUCUAAAAACACACGGUAUUCUGCAGAGGGUGGUACUUUGAUUUUUCUCAUUUAACAAAUUAUCGAUGGGAGAAGCAGAGAGUUACUGAUGAAAAUUGCAUGAUAAUGCACACUCACCCACUGGUAACUAGAUGGGGUGUCUUUUCUCAGCAGUAUCAUUUGGACAAACAGAGUUCGAAAAAUCGUAGCAGCCUGGCAGUGUGCUUAGUGUGCUGCUUCGUGAACUUCAUCCCAGGCGAAGAAAUGUCACGGCUACAGUGAUUAGCAGGCAUGACAUAUUUCAUAAUUGCAUUUUUCUAGCGACGAAAAACAGUUUCGCUCUUUGUGCGCUUUGUGUACACGUUGUUUUACAGCAAAAAAAGAAAAACAACAAACCGAACAACAACGUAGCAGCUCGGAUAAUAAGGAAGCUCGAGCUUCGCAGUGUCGUGUUUUAUUUAUAAUCUAGUUGCGAAUAUUCAUCAGCGAACGUGCGGCGAGAUGGUCAGCAUAGAGAUUUAAAAAUAGUCUUUGUGAAGCCAAGAAAAAGCAGGCUGCCAAAGGCGUAUCUAUCUGCGCUCGAAAUUCGCCUGCAGCACGCUUCGUACUGUGCGGAAAAGACGACCAGUGCGAGUGGAAAAUCUUAUAGAUCUCGCGCGAAGGAAGAUCGCCAGAAAACAAAUAAUAAAAGUGACAACAAUCACGCGUGAUUAAAACAGCAGCGUCACUGAAUUCAAUCCAACGACAACGAUUUGCCAAACCAGUCGAUUUUGCGACCGUUCAGUAGUGACAAAUAGUGUGAUUAUCUGUUUUGGGCGAGAGACUACGAGUGUAGAUUUUCUUUUUGCUUGAAGUUUCAACGCGAAAAGCAUUCUCACCGUUCACCGUUACGUAAUACGCGUAUGGGUACAGCAGAGAGUGCAGUCAUCCGGAUUGGCUGGUUCUAUCCAAUGAUGCUGCCUGCCGCUUAGAUAAGCUAAAUUCAUACGUGAACUGGCACAACAGGGAAUCAACCAAAAAUCCCAAUUUUCUUCGAUCACCGUCAUCGUGUGCCUGUGCCGUUUCGCCACCUCUCUUGUCCCACAUUAUCUAGAUAGCAGAAGAAGUAAGAGGGGACAAGAAACAUUUUUCCAACGUACGGCGAAAGGAAGCCAACCUGACGGGCGCGUGUUUCUGUGUAUGUGGCUUUGUGUGUGCGAAUAGUGAAUAUUGAAUUGUUUUCGUUCGUCAAUCUGCUUUUUAAAGCAUUCCCUAAGGCUCCCGCAGUUAUUUUAUGUAGCAAUCAGUGUGUAUGGUGCUUCGUGUUCGUGCAAACAAAAUCAUCCGUGCAAGCUGGCUGCUCUAGCUGAUUACUUUGGAGAUAUUUUCCUUUUAUUAACCAAUAAAAAAAAUAAUACUAGCAAAAGCAAGCAAAAGAAAAGCAAGAAAAACAAACGCUCGCAGAACAUGAGUACAGCUCCCGCACAAGCCGCUAUCGUGUUAUCAAACAACAACAACAAUAACAACAGUAGCAGCAACAUCAUCAACAGCAGUAGUAGCAGUAGCAACAACAACAGCAUCAUCGGCACACCAUCUGCCCCCACCACUAGUACACCAUCCUCAUCCAUCGUUAGUUCCGUGUCAAGUCAGGCGUUAUUGACAGCGCCUGCAGCACAAACAUCGGUGCCGGCAUCGGCGUCGAUCUUAACUAAUAACAGCAACAGUAACAACAACAAUAGUCCUAUCUCUAGUGGUUGUAGCAAUAGCAGCAUGGCGACCGUAGCGACAGUCGGAACGGUGGCGACAGCGAUGCCAACAGCGAUGGUACCCAAUGCGGUAUCGCAAGUGUCGCCUCCGGUAACGGCCACCGGUACGAACCCAGCGGCAAUCCCAUCCCAGAAGGAACAGCAUACAGCAGAGGAUACGCUAAACCGACCGAACAGUCUUGGCGGUCGACAACGGACUCUUGGUGGCAAAGGCAAGCAUUUAACCCGAAGUCACGCCAUGCGUGAGUCAACAUCUCCUCCCCGAACGCCUACACCGCGGUCACCAUCUGAUCAGCAUAGUAACAACGGCAGUAAUGGUUCACCCAUUCAGCAAAACACGCUGUUGUCUAUUAGCGCAACAAGCGAACCGCAGUCUAACAAUAGUAGCUCACACUCACCAGUAUCGGAAUCCCGAUUAUUCAAUAACAACAACAAUGACUACAGCAGCAAACAACCGGGCAAACAUUCGCCCAACAUUAUCGUAUAUGGUGGCGAAGAGAGAGGUGGCAAGAGCCAGUUGGACUUGGAUUUUCCCAAACUAACUCCUCCGAAGUCGUCGUUCAAUCCAAACAACGGGAGCAGUAACAGCAAUAGUAACGUCAACAACAACAACAACAGUGGCAGCAAAAAUAGCAAUGGUAGAAGCAACAACACUGGAAAUGCCGCUGGAUUCGCCAAAAAUGAUCUAGAAAAAACAGAUCACCACCAUAGUGGAAAAAUUGGCAAAACCAGCAGUGACGGAGGAAUCAAUCAAGAACUGAAAGAUCUGAAAUCGGUAGGACCGAUGCUGGUGGAACGCACAGAUCAGCAGAAUAAGUCCGGCCAAGCUGCAUCCGCUGGUGCACCAGCAAUCGCCAACGCCACCAUCAGCCAGUCAUCAUUGUCGCCAGUAUCAUCAUCUAAUAAUAACUAUUGUGAUAACGAAAGUCGUAAUCUACGUGAGGUUAAUUUUAGUGCUAAUAAUAAUGAUUCUAACAAUCAGUUAAACAUACAUUUUUCACACGAGGAAAAUCGAUAUAUACAAUGUGAAAGUCCUACUGAUAGCCUUAUAAGAAAUAAUAGUAGCUCUAAUAGUAAUCUAACAAGUAGUGCUCAUAGCAACAAAAAACACCGUGCUGGCGGCGGAGGCAACGGAAUAGUAGCUGGCAGUGGUGGCGGAAGUGGAGGAGGCGGAGGAACAAUUGGUGGCAAUGCGACGGGUAAAGGGAGCAAACCUCGCCUUAAAAACAUGAGCGGCGGUUCGUCAUCCAGCGCCGAUGGUGGAUCCAUUAGCGGGGGUGGCGGUGGCGGAGGAGGCGGUGGAUCUUCUGGAUUCCUUUCGCGUGACAAUUCCUGCGAGCAAUUUACUGACCAAAGUGGCGUCAAUCUGAUCCAAUUUUUCAAAGAGACGCUCAACAAAAACUUCAAAGAUCGCAACAUGUUGAUCAAAAUCGAAAAGGAAUUGCAGGCCCUAGCGAUGGAUCGCAGCCGCAGUCAGAUCAAGUUUCCGCCCAUGUCUUCCUACAAUCGAAUGCUGAUUCACCGUGUGGCGGCAUACUUCGGAAUGGAGCACAACGUCGACGCCACCCAGCAGAGUGUGAUCGCGGAGGUUACUCCCGCGACGCGAAUACCGGAGAUUCGCUUCAAGACGCUCAUCAACGAGAGCUUCUCGGAGGAACCGCGAAAGUCCAUUCUGAAACGGGACACCCACAGCUUCGACGAGUACCGGUACGGCAUGUUGCACUGUCCCGACCGGGGUGUGCUCGAUCGGAAGGCCAAAAGCUUCGAAGAACGCGAGGAAGAGUACGAGAAGAUUAAGCGGCGAAUAUUCAAACAUCGAGAGGAUGGGGGUACCGAGGAACAUUGGCAGUGGUUAUCAGCCGAAAAUGCCGACGUAAUCAACGGGCGUCCGAAACUACAAAACAAUCGUCUUUUGAAAGUACAAUCGGUGUCGAUUGACGGCCGACCGGAUGAACGACCGUGCGUAUCGAAAUCGCACAGCUUCGGGGGCUACGGAGGUUCAUCGCAGAACGCACCGCUUCUUCGUGGGGACUCGAUAACAUCCACCAAAAGCGCCGGUGCACGAUUAUUCUCCAAGCAAGACUCAAAUGCUAGUACAAACACACCCUGGCGGCUGUCUCCGUCAAGCAGUGGAUCAUACUUUACUUUCAGCUAUAAAACGCAAUCGAUUCGAUCCGACUCGGUGACACCUUCUCCAACCGGCUAUGGUAGCGGAGAUCAUACGCCAGAACCGUGCGUACAAUCUCCCUCAGCAACGUGCGGAGUAGUCUGGGCGGUAACCGAUAUGGCAAGCGUGCCUAAAGGCAGCGUUUUGAUCGACCCACAAACGCUGCAGCCAAUCGUCAAUCAGGACGGAUCAAUUUACCACUUCGAUCCUUUUAACCUACCAGCGACAGCAAAUCUCCCCGGUAGCAUGCCAAGAGUUCAGAAGAAAAAGUUUGAGAAGCAGAAAUCCUUUAGUAAUCGAAAUAGUGCUCUCAACAGUAGCAGUUCUCUAGAAAGUUCCAUCGAUCUGCCUCUUGGUAAAAACGAUUGUGGACAACAAACCAGUACCACUACAACCAUCGCCGAGGAGGUCGGCAGUGAGCUCAAUUAUGAAACGACGAGUACAGUCAAAAUAUGUUCCAAAGAUAAUCAUGAUCUUGAUGUGGAAAACUCUAGUCUCUGUGAAGAAAUCUCGCAAACUACCAAUGAACUUAGUACACUGAAGCUUCAGAAGCAUCAGGCGACUAGUCCCAUGCUGCAGGCCAGCGAAUUACAACCGUUAGAGUUGAACGAAGUAAAUCUGAAUACAAACCAUGACGAACAUGGUUCACUGGUGGGUGCGUUGACUCCUAUCAUGGCUGACCCCGACACAGCCGGGACACUUCUGGCCACUUUGGGCUUGAGUGAUCCUACCGAAGGCAACAAAACGAAUCUUCAUCCCGAACAUGUACUUCAACAUGGACUAACAGAUGAUGGUAACGACGCUAGCAGUAAUAAUUCCCAAGAUGCAGACAAAAAAGACGAAACCGGCAAGAUCAAUGUCGUACAACCAGUCCCUCUAACCAGCUAUUCGAACUCGGCAACGCCCAACAGUGGUUAUACAGUGAACUACGGUGAUAACGGCAGCAGUACACCUGUCACCGGAAGUGCAAUGUACGGCUCCGGUACACCGGGAAUUUCGACAACAUAUCAAACGGCGCCGGACGGAACUAUCUACGCUGUACCUUCUCCUCUAGUGUAUACAUAUCCAUCGACGAUAGAUCCAGAGAUGACGGGCUAUUUUGUUCCUGUGUACGAUCAACAGCGCGAUCCGAAUCUUUGCACCACAACGGGUGCAUCGCUUUACCCAGCAACAGCAGGGGCAACUUCUUCAGUAUUACCCAUCGCGUACACUCCUACAGCGGCCUACAGCGGUGCCCCAAUCUAUCAGAAUCAUACAGCCGUGAUGUACUCCUCGGAGCAGUUCUCAGCUGCAACACCAGCAUCCGCUGCCGCAGCCGCAGCAGCUGCGGCUGCUGCCAGUGCUGGACAUCUACCACAGUAUCCAAUUGGAUACCCCAUCGGCAUAGGCUAUCCAUUUAACAGUACAGCGUAUCAGAACUAUUGGAAUCAGCCGAUAACAUACUACGUUCCUCAGGCGCCCGUACACUCAUCUGGCAGUACACCGCUUCUAAUGCCACCUUCGGUGUCGCAAACCCCCGCAAACAGUGCCAUGCUGGCGAGUGGUCCUGCUCCGAUGCCAUGCAAUACCGGAAAACGCAACACAACUCCUCCCAGUCACGGUGGCCAUCAAUCACAGAACCAAAACCAGAGCAGCUCGGUAACUCCUGUACCGAUAUCCCCGUUCGCAACCAAUAUUCCAGUGCCCCUUCCGGAUCCAACGACCGGUCCAAUGUACGCUAUCCCGCAGCCGAUUUACUCAAACAUGCUUCCGUUCGCUGGUCCCAUGACACCUCACCCGCAUCAUCCAGCCACCGGCGGGACAAUUGUGAACUCAAUACUGCCCACUGCCACAGCGGCUGCCAGCACUGGCUAUCAUCCACAUUCGCAGUCCAAUCAGGGCAAUCCGGAAUCGUUGCCGUCUAGCAAUGGCUCAUCCAAUAACAUAUACUCUAGCACAGGCAAUAAUAAUGCUCUCACACCGCAGUCCACGCCAAGCACUCCUCUAUCCUUGCCUCUGUCAAUGCCUCCUCACGCCAAAAAUCCGCCUCUGUUUGCCACACCUCCUAUGCUUCCCAACGGUUAUGCCCCUCAGCUGAGUUCCUCCGGUGCUGGUAGUGGUGGUGCUGGUCAUUACCACUACGGUGUAAAUAGCACUGGUGGCCAUAAUUACGACGAACGCAAAGGCAGUGGCGGAUCGGGUGGUGGCUACCAAGGAAAACGUUCAAACCAGAAUGGCAGCAAUUUUUUCAGCUACAACAGUAACAACAGUCGCCAGAUGACACCCAACAGCGGCGGCUACCAGGGUACUGGUUGUCCCCAGAGUCAAAACACUGGGAGUAACGGUCCCAAGAAUUCGAGCUACGCGUGCAACACAAACAAUACAGGGAACAAUCAGAAUUCUAACAAUAAUGGCAACGGCCCACAGAUGUUGGGUCAACCGCCGAAGGGACAACCGCGAUCCGAUGGCCAGACAAGCGUGACCAAGCCACCAUUGAUUCCAACAUUACCAAAUAGUACCAAUAAUACUACUAGUAAUACCAACCCUAGCGAUAAGACACGCAUCAACCGUUCAUGCAAGCCACCAAAUCUAGACUUAAAACGAAACUUUAACAAUUUUAACGCAAACAGUAGAAACACGCCCAGCACAAACUCAACGGAGAGCAACAACUCACCAAACAGUAUUACAUCGUCAUCGAUGCACGAGCAUCACCAGCAGCAGCAGCAGCAACAACAGCAUCACGUGCACCAUCAUACGCAGCCACACCAUCAGCCGGCACACGCUGCCGGUUCUGGGCAGCCACAUCAUCCAUAUUAUCCACCCCAGCAUCAGCAGCAGCAGCCCCACUAUUACAGCACACGUGGAGGCAGUGUUGGUAGCAACAACGGCGGAUCCAGCCUCUCGGGAAACGGCUCCGGAUCAGGCAACGGUAGCAAUCACGCACACCAGACGGCUAAUGCUGCUGCAGCCACGGCAGCCGCCGCAGCUGCUGCCGCUGCCCAUACGGUACCGUCGAGUGCGCUUCAAUCCGCUGCGGCGGUUGCGGCGGCCGCGUGUGCAGCUGCCAUCGAGCCGUACCAUUCGCAGCUGAUUCCGCUGAAUGCUGCCGGGAUGUCGUACGUUAAAAUAGGACAGACAUAUUUCACGCAUCCCUCCUUAGCACUGCCGCCGAAUCGUCGUUCGCCUCCGAACGAAAUACGUCCAAUCGCUGGUGUUUAUCCAGCUAUGAACAUGGUGAUGCCAGCGUCUCGACAGUACACACCACGACCUCAGCAUAGCAGCAGCUUCCACAAGGGCGGCAGUAAGGCGCCAAGAUAAACGCUUCCUAGCCGAACGUCGAGAACAAGUUCUCUAGAUGUGUAGCCAAGCCGUAAUUAAUUAUGAUGCCGAAAGUCAGCGAAACAUGGAUGAUGAUUUCAAACUAUAGAACGCACUGUUUAAAAACGCUAAUCGUUAGGUGAUUAGAAUCACACCCCACAUAAUCACUCUCACACACAAAAACCACACAAUGCUACACGCUAAAUAUUCAAACAAAAGCUCUAAAUAAGACACGACGAAGUAGUAGAGGAGACAGUGAAAGAGAAAGAGAGAGACCAGUUUCCCAUUCCUCGGAGAUUGUUUUUAAGACCAGACACUUUGAAACGGUACAUGCAGCCAAGCUGGUAUGACGCGGUUGAAGUGGGACCUUGGAGACAAUGCACCGAUCCGUUGAUUCCUGCGGGAUGGUGCAGUGCAGGUAAUCGCCAGAGGGUCACCGGAUUGGUAACGACUAGGAUGAGGGAAUUGAUCGCCCGUGAAAAUGCCAUUUAUUUUAUUAUCAAUUAAUAUUAAUAUAAACAGAUAUGAUCAUUAUUAUUAUUAUUACAUUAAUAACAGUGAAGCUAAACUAGAGGGUUAAGGAGACAGUUGAUAACUGAUACAAACAGAAAGAAAAUUAGAGUGAAAAAGCGAAACGGUAAGACGCUCUACCAGUGAUUCAAUCAACGCUAUGCGAGUUAUUUAUAAAAUAAUUUCAAACGCUGAAUAGUGGAAUUAAACAUGAAUAAGAGAUCCUGAAACAGUGAUCAACAAACAAAAAAAAACUGAGAAUAAAAAUGAAAAGAUCGGUGGCAAAAGAAAGUUCAGACAGAAGAUCAUACGUGACGAUGGGUUUUUUGAUAGGUGGAUGAAAAAAGGCUGAGGAAAAUACGAUACUGCCGCCCACAAUACUUUGUUUGAGGACGAAGCCAGAGUUCGAAACCGUGAGCGUGGCACCGGAACAGAAACAUCCUAGUUUACCUACAAAUUAUCUACACAAGCAAGUCUACAGGUGUGAGUACGAAAAGAAUUGAACGCCCGUAGCGAAACUAAAGAGGAAUCUCCUAUCAAAAAGCGUCACGUAAUUAUUAGUAGAGGAACUCUCCGAUCAUGCCGUUUACAAAUUUAUAUAAAAUUUAUUUAUAUAGGCAUCUCAAGCAAAGCGUAAUCCGUUAGUAAAUACAGUAGGGAACAUAACGAUUAUUUAUUCGUAAAUGCAAAUGAACUACGCAGCAAUGCGCAACUAAGCAACAAACAUUAUACUAAACAAGCAAACUAAAUAAAAUCGUUAAACAACUUGUAACGAUUUUUUCAAGAAUUUUAACAAAUAAGAUACUUGAAUCUCUUCCUUUCAAUCGGUGAUAUUGAAAACACAAACAAGCAAAGCUAAAGAAGUAACUUAGUACUAGUCAAGAUCUGUGAGUGUAACUAACGGAUGGGAACCCCAUACAAAAACCAAACAACUAUUGCUAUUAUCAUUACAAUUUAUUAUGUACUACUACCGCUAUUAUUAACAGCUAGAAGGACGAAUCUGUGAAGCAAAAACAAACAAAAAAUCCAAUAACUUAUAAAGCCUAGAAAAACACGAAGCUGAACCUACAAAACUCUCAGACUCACCGCGCACGGGUUUGUCUCGCGUUAUCCGCUGCAACCGUUCCACACGGGGGCAAGCUGAGCAAACGGUCAUUUGACUUCUAGUCCAAAUUUUUUUCGAACAGAACCAAGCUUUCGAACAAAGUUUUGAUUGGGUCAGAGUUGGCUCUGACCUGAAUCUGUCAUCUUGGAAAACUUGUGUUUCAUGAAACAAUUGUGUUCGAUUUCACCAUUUACGUGGUGUGAUUAAAGUGUAGGUUCUCCAGCUAUGAGGUAAGCUUACACGAUUUCAUAUUUGUAAAAAUUGAAUUGAAAAAAAAAUGGAAUUUUGCUUCUGAAAUUUUUCAAAAUAUCUUGGAAACAUGGUAGUUUUUAAGGAUUUUUACCUGUUCACUGCUGGAUUUCCUAUCCAAACAUUCAAACAAUUUACGUUUGCUCAUCUUGCGAAAUCUGGUUUCGCAUUCAUACAUCCCGUGUGACCCUCUCGCAACCCAACCGACUCGUGAAGCUUUUUUCAUCGACUAAAUUCCAAAAUAAAGUUGAAGGAACGCAGCAAACCCCCAACAACAAGAAAACAUACGAAACGUUCUGAACGAAAAACGAUAGCGGGCAUGACUAAGGAGAGAAACGUAAUGCCAUCAGACCGACCGAAUGUAGCCACAGGGUGACAAAAAUAAUAAAAUCAUUCUUCAAGAAAAAAAUACUACCAAUAUGAGCAUGAUUUAUUACACAUUUUUUGUUUGUUGUCUCUAUUUCAAGUAGCGAACCUAUACAUUAGAGAAAUGACAAGACACUCUCCGUUAAGGCAACUGUCAACAUCAAAACGGGCGAGCUGUAUAAAUUUGCAUUGCCGUUAUCCGUUUUGAUGUUGACAGUUGCCUUAACGGUGUGUGUCUUGUCAUUUCUCUUAUGUAUAGGUUCGCUAAUUUCAAGGUAAGCGAGAGAUGGUGUGAAAACGAGCGAGAGAAAAAGAGAAAUUAAAAAAAAACAAAUAUGAUAAGGACGAGAGCAAACAAAAGUUAAUGCGAUAAAGCAGAAAAAAAACAGAAAAAAGUUGAUUAAA